GGCUCAUUUCCCCGCUUCUCCCCGCUCUCGAGCUGCUCUCUGCGGGCUUCCUGCUGCUGCUGCUCUCCGUCUCUCUCCACCACCGCAGGGUCCACGCCACACCUCACUCCGACUUCCAGAGCCGGGGUCGCUGCGCAUUUCGGGUAGGAGUGGUGUGGUGUCGAGGAAUCCGCGACAGACUCACAAUGGUGACCAUCCCAGAAUAUUACGCAGGGAAAAAUGUGCUCAUCACUGGAGCCACUGGAUUCAUGGGGAAGGUGCUGCUGGAGAAGCUGUUGCGCUCAUGCCCGGAUGUCCGAUCUGCGUACGUGAUGGUCCGGCCGAAGGCAGGCCAGUCUCCACAGGUCCGCAUUACGGACAUGGUCAGCUGCAAGUUGUUUGAGAAGCUACAUGAUGAGCAGCCUGACUUUGCACAGAAGAUUGUCCCUGUGAACAGUGACCUGACGCAGCCUGAACUGGGUCUGAGUCAGGACGACCAGAGCACACUGACUGAAAACAUCCACAUAGUAUUUCACUGUGCAGCUACCAUCCGCUUCAAUGAGCCUCUCAAAGAUGCCAUGCAGCUGAAUGUGCUGGCCACUCAGAAAAUGCUGGCACUGGCUCGCAAAAUGAAGCAGCUGGAGAUCUUCAUUCAUGUGUCCACUGCCUACGCUAACUGUGACCGUGAGCUCAUAGAAGAAGUCAUCUACCCUCCCCCUGUGGACUACCGCAAGCUCAUUGACACGCUGGAGUGGAUGGAUGAUGAUCUGGUUGCGGUCAUGACCCCGAAGUUGAUCAGGGAGCGCCCAAACACCUACACCUUCACCAAAGCCCUGGCAGAGUACCUGGUUCAGCAGGAGGCCGGAGAUGUCAAUGUUGCUAUUAUUAGACCCUCUAUUGUUGGGGCCAGCUGGAAAGAGCCCUUCCCUGGUUGGAUUGAUAACUUCAAUGGGCCCAGUGGAAUAUUUAUAGCGGCUGGGAAGGGUAUUCUACGGACAAUGAGGGCGUCAAACAACGCCGUGGCUGACCUGGUGCCCGUGGAUGUGGUCAUCAACACCACUCUGUCUGCAGCCUGGUUCUCCGGGUCACAGAGACAUCACAGACCUAAAAACAUUCCAGUGUACAACUGCACAACUGGCGGCAUCAACCCGUUCCACUGGGGUGAAGUUGGUAUGUGAUCUCUAAUCUCAUUUUAGUGCUCUGUUUAGUCAGUAACAUAUUUACUUGGCAUUGACUUGCAAAAUCUGGCCAUUUUGGCUGAAACAGUUUCUGCAGGGUGAAAAUAUAAGGUCGACUUAUAUGUAAUUUAAAACAGAGAUUCUGUAAAAUGUAAUAGAA